AUGGCAUCAGCUCUACCCAUAAUUGACCUCCGUGCCUUUAGCACAGUGGAGGAGCUUGCGCCAGAGCUCAUGAGGACAUUCGACCAAUAUAAGUUUGGAGAUAUUUGCCUGACAGCUUGCGGCCGCUUGUGCUCCACAAUCCGCCGUGUGGCGUUUCCUCGGAACGAGAGUGAGAACACAGACCGGCUCAGCAUGCUAUUCUUUGUGCAGCCGGAUAGAGAUGUCCUUAUGGAGCCAAUAUUGCCAGGGGAAGCUGACCAGGAGGAGUUUAAGGACGUGCUAAGGCGUAGGGGUUAUCCGAGUGCGAGGCCUCUGACGGCUGAGGAGCAUUUGACACAAAGGCUACGAGCAACUUAUGGUUAUUAAAUGUUUGACUAUGCACGAAACACAAAGCGAAUAUAUGUCAAUCUCAUUUAUGUCCUUCCUGCUUUUGAGCCUAUUGUUAUGCAUUGCUGCAGAAAUUACUUUUCUUCUCAUACUUGC